ACUGUCAGCCGGGGGGAGGCACUGCGCUGGUGUCGAUGUUCGCUCUACCUCGAGUCAAAGUAGAAGAAGAAGAAGCAAAGGGCGGCCUUCAGCGAUACAGCACGUCUAGCCAAGUUAUUUUAGCUAGAACGAGAAAUCACUUUCCCUUCUUUUAGAUAACCGACAUAAGGGUUGUUUGGAAUAAAGAUCCAUUCAUGUGCUGACAGAGGAGUGGAUAUUAAUACAAACAUGUCUGGAGCAUGUCAGGACAGAAGGAGUCGCUGGCAGGAGAUUCAGAAAGGCCUACAGUUCAUCCAAUCAACCCUUCCAUUUCCUGGAAGUCAAGAGCAGUAUGAGGUGUUCAUUAAGGAUCUCGUGUGGAAUCUUUUUGGAGAAGGAAAUGAUGUGUUUAAAGAAGGGGAGUGGACAAAAUCCAUCGAGAUGUACACCGAAGCCUUGAGUAUAGCGGAGUAUGCUGACUCGGAAGAUAUUUGUGUUCCAACACGAUUACUGGAAAAGCUGUAUGCAAAUCGAGCUGCCGCGUACCUAAACAUUGUUCCGGGACUGUAUGACCAAGCAUUAGAAGACUGUGAAAAGGCUCUCCAGUUGAACGAGGGGAACUACAAAGCGCUGUACAGAAAAGCUAAAUCCUUGAAGGAGAUGGGGAGACAUCAAGAGGCCUAUGAGGCUGUUGCCAAAUGCUCUCUAGCAGUGCCUCAGGAUACCAGUGUCACACAGCUGACUCAGGACCUUGCCAAAAUUUUGGGAUUGAAAAUCCGUAAAGCUUAUGUAAGGAGUAAGCCUGCCUUGAAUGUUUUGCGAGGAUCAAAUUAUCAGGAUGCGUCAUGUGACAAGUUUUCCCAUGGCUCGCCUUCAGUUGAAGAUAUAGAAAUUGAAGUGCCUCAGCUAACCCAGGAUAGCAGUGUUUUGGCUCUUGCCCCAGCUCCAAGCCAAGCUCCAGUGGCAGUGCACCCGGCUCUAAAUGAAGCAGUGGUGGAUGAACUUCUUCCCAAAAACAGUAUCUCGUCGGUGUCCCUGUCUGAGCCGCCAGGCUUCGAGUCCGUUCCCAAGCCUGUAUCUGUAUCCACGUCGGUCCCCCUUCCCGUGCCCACAUUUGUUAAUGGGUGCAGAACCAGCAAGCCUUGUAUGAUGCUUGAAACGAGUCAAGAUUUUGACGCAGACAUCAUUGGGGACGACCUAGAUGAUCUACUGGACCAAGCUGGCCCGGAGUCAGCCAUGGUUAUACCCACAAUGAAGGGGCCUCUCCCUCUGCCAACCAGUAUUGCCUCGGGCAGUUCCAUGUCGAGUUCAUUCCUGAUGCCAUCUCACAUCAACUCAUUUCUCCACAGCAGUACCCAGCAGUGCACCGUAACUCUGCCCCCGCUGUAUCACAAGUCGGGGUCAAGUACGUAUUUUGGUAUAGACACUUUUGACGCCCUCCCCCCACCACUGGACUCCCUGGAUAGUCUCACCAUGAACGACUAUAAAACAGUGACAGAUUAUGCUCAGAAUACAUUCAUUCCACAGCUGAACAAUAAUGAAACCCCAAUGGGAAUGGCUGUGGGUAUGCCUGAAGUGAAGGGUCUUCCUGCUGCUGUAGACUUAGCAAAGAACCCCUUAGCUGAAACACAUGAAUUCAAACAAGCGUGCUCGGCCUGCUACAUUAAAACUGGGCCCGGUGUGUUGGAUUACACACUUCAUACAGAAGAGCAUAAAUGCAGAAAGGACGCUUUACUUGGCAGAAUCAAACAUUCACCAGACAAAUCGUGGAAGCUCAUUCGGCCCAGACCAACAAAAACCCAAUAUGUUGGACCUUAUUACAUUUGCAAAGAGGUGGCUAUUGGAAAAGAGUGCCUGUACCCUGGCCACUGCACAUUUGCAUAUUGCCAGGAAGAGAUUGAUGUUUGGACUCUGGAGCGGAAAGGGUUUAUCUCCAGAGAGCUACUCUUCGAUCCUUAUGGGCCCAACUCCAACAUCAGGUUGACUGUCCCCAAGAUCUUACAGGAGCAUCAUGGGAUAUUCAUGUUUCUCUGUGGAGUGUGCUUUGACCAUAAACCCAGAAUAAUCAGCAAAACCAACAAAGAUGACUCAUCACUUUGCUCUCAUCCAGUGACCAAGCAUGACUUUGAGGAUCAUAAGUGCCUGGUCCACAUUUUGAAGGAGAACACAGUCCGUUAUUCCAAAAUCAGACCGUUGAGUCCUCAGUGCCAGCUGGAUCUUUGUCGCCAUGAAGUGCGCUACGGCUGCGUGAGAGAGGACGACUGCUUCUACGCCCACAGCCUCAUCGAGCUGAAGGUCUGGAUGAUGCAGCACGAGCUCGGUAUCACUCAUGAAAGUAUUGUCCAAGAGGCGAAGAAGUUUUGGAAUGCAACAGCUUCGUUGCAGGGAGCCCAGCAGCUUUCCAGUGCACAGAGGAGGUUCGGGCCUCCAAAUCUGAAGAUGAUGUUUGUUUGUGGCCAGUGUUGGAGAAAUGGCCAACUCAGUGAAGCUGACAAAAACAAGAAGUAUUGUUCAGCCAAGGCGAGACACACGUGGGCAAAAGACAGGCGUGUGGUGCUUGUAAGUUCCCAUGAAAGGAAAAAGUGGACGACAGUUAGACCACUUCCAACCAAAAAACCCAUCCCAUCUCAAUUUGAGAUUUGCAUGCACGUGACGGCUGGCAAAAAGUGUCAGUACAUUGGGAAUUGCACAUUUGCCCACAGUGUAGAAGAAAGAGACCUUUGGACCUACAUGAAGGAAAACAACAUUCCAGAUAUGGAUCAGCUUUAUGAGCAGUGGCUGCAGUCCCAGAAGCCUGGCUGGGGUGAAGAGACCUCCAAUAACUCUGUCAGAGAGAAUGGCAAACAGAUCCACAUGCCAACAGACUACGCUGAAGAAGUGGCUGGGAAUCACUGUUGGCUCUGUGGUAAAAACUGCAACAGUGAGAAGCAGUGGCAGCAGCAUAUUACUUCAGAAAAACACAAAGACAGAGUUUUCAACUCUGAGGAUGAUCAGAACUGCUGGCAGUAUCGGUUUCCCACAGGAACUUUCAAAGUUUGUGAGAGGUUCCUCAAAGGCACAUGCACAGAGGAUGAGUUGUGUAAGCUGGCACACGGGGAGCAGGAACUAAAAGAGUGGAUGGAGCGCCGGGAAUUCCUUUUGAUGAAACUUGCCAAAGCCAGAAAAGACCAUCUUAUAGCACCAAAUGACAAUGACUUUGGAAAAUACAGUUUUCUGCUUAAAGACAUUAUAUAAUGAUGUGAUGACAAUAUUCACGCUCAGUUGCAAAUAAUGCAGUAUUCAAACAGUCUAGAGUCAGGUGAUCCCUGAGGGCCUCCUAGGUGCACAGGAAACUGCCUGAUCACAGCAUGAUUUUAAAGAGCGGGUUCAGGACCAGCCCUCUGAUUGGCUGCUGGAUUACUCUCAUCUGAACUACAGAAGUGUUAUUGUUAACAACUAAAUGAGUGGGAGACACUUGUAAGCUUUGCUAUGCGCCAUUCAUUAGAAUAUCUGAAAAUGGUGCUGAAAAUAGCAUGUGUGAACCUUGAUCAGAGAUGUGUUCAGAUACAGUUGACAAAGUAAUUUCGUCUCAUAAGCAGUUUGUAUAUGUUAAUGACCUUUACUUUAAAUAUGUUUUAAGUAUGGAAUACUUAAAUUGAGAGUUCAGUUGACACUCUUAUUUUAAUCGGUCAGCAUAGGUCAUUUUCCCUUUCCAUUUAUCUAAUAGUGUUACCAGUGUAACGGGCACCACACCAAAUAAAGCUUCUUUUCUUAA